GCGGUUCGCUCGAUCGAUGCGUAUCGCUUUCAACCCCCUCCGAAAGGUCACCAGUGGUGUACAGUGUCUGUGCGAUGAUGCGUAUUGAUAGUAAGCAUCCAUCACCAACGCUACUGCCUCCGCUACUGCUGCUGCUGCUGCUAACGUCAAUCCUCGUGAGGCUCAUCACCGUGGAAGCGGUCCACUGUGGCCAACGGCCGAUUGCGGCACCCGGUACCAUCACCGGUGGGGAACCGACCUGGCCUGGGCAGUUCCCGUGGCAUGUGGCGGUGUGGCACCGUACGCAACAGCUGCUGGCCACGGCCUACGCUUGCGGUGGUUUCAUCGUGGGCCCACGCGCCAUCAUUACGGCUGCCCAUUGCGUAACGGCUCCCAGCGGCUAUCAGAUGGCCGCCAACGAGCUGACGGUACGUGUGGGACUGUACGAGCUGCUGGCCAUGGCCCGCCACUCCCAGGAGCACCCGGUACAGUCCGUUCAUCGGCACGCUCGCUUUGCCAGCGGUUCACCACAGCACGAUGUGGCGCUACUGGCGCUCCGUACGCUGCUCGAGUUCGAUGCGUUUGUGCAACCGAUUUGUCUCCCCCGGCCAACCGAUGAUCCGGUGGUCUUGGACAGUGUACGGGUGUACGGUGUCGUUUCGGGCUGGGGAUUAACGGAGGGCGAUGGACUGGCGCGGACUCUUAGGAUGAGCACGAUGCCGACGGUAAGCCACCUGCAGUGUCUUGCCAGUGAUCCACCAUUGUUUGGCCGGGUGCUCUACGAAGGGAUGUUCUGUGCUGGCUGGCGGAACGGAACAAACGUCUGCAACGGUGACAGUGGUGGCGCUUUCGCGAUUCACAGAAAUGGCCACUGGACAGCCCUGGGAAUCGUUUCGUUUACUGGCCAGCGAGAGCCAGAAAACCUGGCACAACCAGCACGCUGCAGUAACGAAAGUCUCGCUGGUUUCAUCAGUAUUCCAGCGUACCUCGAUUGGAUAGAAUCCAUCGCGCACUCAGAAGCGAUCGAGCUCGCUACCAAAGCAUUCGAAUCCAGCCCGAAAGCUGACCGAGUUAGCGAACGAAUGUGCAAAAGAUAUCGGCGUGGCUGCAAGGAGGAGGACUUUUCAUAUCUAGCGUCCGUGGUGAGUCCGGCCCCCAACGCCUCCCACCUUCUGGUGAUUGAUUGUUUCGCCGUGCUGAUAAGUGACCGAUUUCUGCUGGCCCCGGCCAGCUGCCGGCGGCGAGUAAAUGAAUCUCCGGAUCCGGCACCGGACAAUAGCGCAGCCCCAACGAUGCCGAAGCAAUUCAUUAUCCUCGAGUCGGCCGGACAAGCGGUGAACGCUCCAAUAAAGAUAUUCCAUCAACACCCGAACUUUGUCACCAACGACGACGACGACGACCAGGACGACGACGACAACGAGGAGGACGAAGGCAUCCCCGAGGGCCAGAGCAAUCUCGCACUAAUCGAACUGGAACGGAAGACUGGUCUCCACCUGUCAGUUUGCAUGCCUGUGGAGGCCUUCUCCGACUGUCGACGCCCGGUCCGUGCCGGAUCAGAUCGUUCUCUACUCGGCCGUGAAUGUUAGCAACGACAAAUCGAUGCCUGCGUUCAAGCGGACGGCCAGCAACGGACGACGAGCUGGACCGAACCAAACCACCAGACCGCCCACCGGAAGCGUAUGCUACGAUGAGCUGCUGGCGCCCACACUGAUGGCCUAGGUUGAGGAGGGCGAGCCGGGUGAAAUCGGACGGCAUUAUCGAUUGGUGGGCAUUGUCCUGUACCGAACCUGUACCAAGAUACGGUUCAUCAAGGUUGCGCUCUUCCUCGAUUGGAUUGAGUGGAUCGUGUGGCAACGGGCAGACGUUGCCUAGGGAUACUGGCCAAGGCUCAGCUGAGCUAGCUUCGAUUGCGUGAUUGUUAAAACUGGUAACGUCCCGAAAUAAGUAUCGAUAUGGGAUGGGAAUGAAGCUUGAUUACUUAAGUCAAUGAGAACAUCACCUUCCUAACCACAGGAUUAACAGGAAACAGUGAAAAAAAAUGGAUUCUGGGACUGCUUAAGACGAUGAUAGACGUUAUGAUGGAGUAAAAAAUAAAAUGAAGUCAGCAAC